AUGACACCAAAUUCCUUCCGAAUCAAUGACUCGAACAUUGCGCUGACUGAUCUAAACAAGGAUUUAAUUAGAAUGCGAAACUGGUGCUUUGAUAACCUGCUCUUGCUGAAUCCAGACAAAACUAAAUUGAUGGUCUACGGAAGCCGCCAAAUGCUCGCGAAGUUACCUGAUUUUAGACUCUCGCUACUUGGUAAGGAACUUACACCUGCUUCAUCAGUGAAAGAUCUCGGA